AGCUGUCAAAGUAGCAGUAAUUUGUGGUUAUAAAUUCGGGGCGUACUUUUGAAAAGCCGUUUCUAAUUGAAUGCAAUUGUGCCAUUAUUAACGUCGAUAAUGGCACAAACUGAGGUCAACAAGCUGCAGCAACACUUGUCUCUGCUGAAAGACCAAUACUCGAAGCUCCAAAGCAAGUACAACGAAAUCGAGAAGAAAUAUUACAAUAUCUCUGCAAGCAAUGGCAUUGAUGGGAUAGAGGAUGAGAGCACAUUCGCUGCCCGUCUGCUGAACACUGUGGCCAGUCUGUACGAUUCGAAAACCUACAGCGAUGUGGAGAUCAACCUGAAAGAUAAGUCGAUUGCAUGUCACAAGCUGGUUUUGAGUGCACGCUCGGAGAUCUUCAAUGAGGAGUCCCUGAAAGGAACUCGAUUGGAUUGGAGCCACAUGGAAAGCGAUGUGGCCGAGAACAUCGUCAAGUGGCUGUACACCAAUGAAAUUCAUUUCAUGGACAACAAUCUCACGUUGAAGAUAAUCAGGCAAGCGCAUCAGUUUAAGCUCGGCGUUCUGGUGGAGAGCUGCGAGCAGAUCCUCAUCAAUAAUGUGGAUAUAAGGAGCUGCGUUAAGUUUUAUUCGGUGGCGGAGGAAAUCGAAGCGAAAAACUUGAGGGAAUAUUGCUCAGGGUUGAUCUCCACGCAUUGGAACGAUUUGAACAGUUCGGAUUUCGAGCACAUGUCUGGACCGUUGCUUUAUAAAAUGUUGAAGAACAAGACGCAAUUACCUCUUCAUUCAGCCGUCCGUCUUCAGAGGGAAGAUGUCGUUUUUCUCUGCUUAGUCGAGAAUGCGUCACGGUUGUCGGAUAUUGUGAACGUGUGGAGUCCAAAUGGAGAACUUCCCUUGGACAUGGCACUUCGGUGUCACAACGGUAGCAUCGCAAAGACUUUGGUGGAACACAACGCCGACAUCGAUAUCAGGGAUGCAGCAGGGGAGACGCUUCUCCAUCGCUCCAUCAAGCAGGACGACUCUUUCUCCGCUCUCUUCCUGCUGGAGUCCAAAUGCGAUGCGACAUUAACUACGCGCAACGAAAACGAGUCGGCGCUUCACCUAAUUGCCGGAACGAACAACAUCGAAGACGCCAUCAAGAUUGCAGAGAAGUUGAUCAACAGAAACGCGAAUCUGAACGGGCAAAACAGACAUGGAUAUACCGCCCUUCAUAUCUCAAUAAUAUCGGAUAACAGACCCGUCUUUGAGCUGCUCCUUAAGCAGCCGACCUUGGAUAUCAAUCUACGCACAAGCCAGGAGCACACGCCGCUCUAUUAUGCCAUGAAGAAGUACGAGUGCGGAGAGGAUUCGUAUGCACUCGGCUUACUGGAUCACGACGUGCAGUCUAAUCCCGUCUACAGCGACACCUGCGACAAUCUUCUGCAGGUGUUGCUCUUGGAUGGUGCGAACGAUGCUGCCCUCUUCUUGCUGGACCACACACAGAACUACAAUCAUGCUAAUGCGGAAGGUGAGAGCAUCCUGCAUACGGCGUGCUCGAAGAACAGUUCGACUUUCGUCUCGAAACUGCUGGAGCUGGGUGCAAAUCCGAACGUGCUUACGAACGUUUCGAGGCGGGCCGCUCUCCAUUACGCCGUUCUGGCCAAUGCGAAGACGUGCAUCGAAACGUUUAUCGCGUUCAAUUCGAGCGAGAAAAUGACGAGCGUUAAUUUCAACGUUCGGGAUUCGGAAGGCGACACCCCGUUGAGUCUGUCGCUGCAAGUGGGUAACAUGGAGCUGGUGCCCAUCCUGAUACGCGGCGAUGCGGAUGUUAACGUGAGAAACGGAAAGGAUUUAACGCUGCUGCAUCAAGCCAUCAUGAAGGAAGAUUCGACGACCGCCCUCUUCCUAUUGGACCACGGCGCCGAUAUUAACGCCAAGUAAUUCUAUUUUCUUUUUUUGCUUCCGCCUGCUACCUCCCUCUAGGAGGAGCCUCUUCCAUUUAGCCAAUCGCAAUAU